AUGAAUGGAAACUGCUUUCUCCAAGGACUUGCUUUUUCCCUCGUCAGUGUCCUAGCGAGUGCUCAAGACAGUGGACAGCUUCGCCUGGUGGACGGGAGCAGUCGCUGUGCCGGCAGAGUGGAAAUCCUUCAUGAGGGCUCCUGGGGCACCAUCUGUGAUGAGGACUGGGACCUGAACGAUGCUGAGGUGGUGUGCAGACAGCUGAGCUGUGGAGAAGCCCUCAAUGCCAUGCUCUCUGCUCACUUCGGACCAGGAUCGGGCCAGAUCUGGCUGAGUGGUAUAGACUGCAAUGGAAAGGAGUCCCACCUGUGGAACUGCAAUUCCUGGGGCUGGGGAGAGCACGAUUGCUGGCAUGAGGAGGAUGCAGGCGUGAUCUGCUCAGGAUUUGUGCGUCUGGCUGGAGGGGGUGGACCCUGCUCAGGGCAAGUAGAAGUGCAUUCUGGACAUGACUGGACUCCAGUGUCUGAUGCGAACUUUACGUGGCCCACUGCCCAGGUCAUCUGUGCAGAACUGGGGUGUGGCAAAGCUGUGUCUGUCCUGGUGGAUGUGCCUUUCAGAGAGUCAGGUGGACGGGCAUGGGCUGAAGAGUUCCGGUGUGAAGGGCAGGAGCCUGAGCUCAGGAUCUGCCCCAGAGUGCCCUGUCCAGGAGGUGCUGGCCAGCACAGUGGGGCUGUUCAAGUUGUCUGUUCAGCAUACACAGAAGUGUGGCUCAUGAAAAAUGGCACCUCUCAGUGUGAAGGACAAGUGGAGAUGAAUAUUUCUGGAGAAUGGAGAAUGCUCUGUGCCUCUCACUGGAACAUGGCCAAUGCCAAUGUUGUCUGUCGUCAGCUCGGCUGUGGAGUUGCCAUCUCUACCCCAAAAGGAGCCUACUUUGUGGGAGGAGGUGAUCAGAUCUGGAAAGCCCAAUUUCACUGUUCAGGGACUGAGUCCUUCCUGUGGAAUUGCCCAAUGACUGCCCUGGGCAUUCCUGACUGUACCCAUGGGAACACAGCCUCUGUGAUCUGUUCAGGAAACCAGACGCAGGUGCCACCCCAGUGCAACUCCUUGUCUGAACCAGAAGGCUCUGCACUCUCGGAGGACAGCGCUGCCCACUGCUCAGAAUUCCUGGCCCUGAGGAUGGUGAACGACGACCAGGAGUGUGCUGGGUGGCUGGAAGUUUUCUACAAUGGGACCUGGGGCAGUGUCUGCCGCAGCCCCAUGGAAACCAUGACCUUGUCCACGAUCUGCAGACACCUUGGCUGUGGGGACAGGGGGACCCUUGACACUUCUGUUAAUUUUAGGGAAGGCUCUAGACCCCGGUGGGUCGAUGGAAUCCAGUGUCGGAACACUGAUAUGUCUCUCUGGCAGUGCCCUUCUGACCCUUGGAAAUACAGUUCAUGCGGUCCAAAGGAGGAAGCUUACAUCACGUGUGCAAGAAAGAGACCCAAGAGCUGUCCCACUGCUGCCCCCUGCACAGACAGAGACAAGCUCCGACUCAGAGAUGGAGGCACUGAGUGCUCUGGGCGAGUGGAGGUUUGGCACAAUGGCUCCUGGGGCACAGUGUGUGAUGACUCCUGGAGCCUGGCAGAGGCCGAGGUGGUGUGUCAGCAGCUGGGCUGUGGCUCUGCCCUGGAAGCUCUGCAGGAGGCAAUGUUUGGCCCAGGAAAAGGGCACAUCUGGCUGGAUGAGGUACAGUGCAGGGGCAGGGAGUCCUCCCUGUGGGCCUGUGCUGCGGAGCCCUGGGGGCAGAGUGACUGCAAGCAUGAGGAGGACGCUGGAGUGAGGUGCUCUGGUAAAAGAUCAAUGUUGCCAGCUACUACAGCAGGGACCAGAUCUGGCCCAAGGCCUGUCCCUGGCAUCUUCUCCCUGCCCGGGAUCCUUUGCCUCAUCCUGGGGGCCCUUCUCUUCCUGGUCCUCAUCAUCCUAGUGAUUCAGCUGCACAGAUGGAGAGUAGAGCACAGAGCCUUAUCUAGUUUUGAAGAUGCUCUUGACCAGGCUGUGUAUGAGGAGAUUGAUUAUCUUGUAACACCAAAGAAAGAGGAUCUACUGAGCAGCUCAGAAUUCCUGUCAGACGACUCAGUAACAAAACUGCCAUAUUACACCAGGGAUGGUGAGCAGAAUAGUGACUAUAAAUCUGUUCCAGGUAGGAGAGGUAGAUCUAGGACUGAUGCCUUUAGUGAGGGUUAUGAUGAUGCAGAAGAGGUACCAGUGCCCAAGACUCCUUCUGCCUCUCAGAUGGAUGAGCAGGAAGUGACCGCAGAGGAGAAUGGGAUGAGAGCUUUUCAGACAGAACACAGGAAUCAAGAAAACCACAAAUCUACAAAUGUGGUGGGAUCAACAAAAGAACCAUCAAAAAAUUUUGAGAAGGAGACUGCUGAGAUGGGGAAGGGCUCUUUCAAGUAUGCCUGGGUCUUGGAUAAACUGGAAGCUGAAUGUAAGCGUGGUAUCACCAUUAUUGAUAUCUCCCUGUGGAAGUUUGAAACCAGCAAGUAUUACACUGAUGCCCCAGGACACAGAGACUUUAUCGAGAAGGUGAUUAUCAAGACAGGGACAUCUCAGGCUGACUGUGCUGUCCUGAUUGUUGCUUCUGGUGUUGGUGAGUUUGAAGCAGGUAUUUCCAAGAAUGGGCAGACCCAUGAGCAUGCCCUUCUGGCUUACUCACUGGGUAUGAAAGAGCCAAUUGUUGGUGUUAACAAAAUGGGUUCCACUGAGCCUCCCUGCAGCCAGAAGAGAUGUGAGGAAAUUGUUAAAGAAGUCGCCUCCUACAUUAGGAAUAUUGACUACAACCCUGACACAGAAUUUCUGCCAAUUUCUGGUUGGAAUGGUGACAACAUACUAGAGCCAAGUGCUAACAUGCCUUGGUUCAAGGGAUGGAAAGCCAGUAAAGAUGGCAGUGCCAGUGGAACCAUGCUGCUUGAAGCUCUGGAUUGUAUCCUGCCACCAACUUGUCCAACUGACAAGCCCCUGCAUCUGCCCCUCCAAAACGUCUACAAAAUUGGUGGCAUUGGUACUGUUCCUGUGGGCCGGGUGGAGACCAAACCCUGCAUGGUGGUCACCUUUGCUUCAGUCAACGUUACAACUGAAGUAAAGUCUGUUGAAAUGCACCAUAAAGCUUCAAGUGAAGUUCUUCCUGGGGACAAUGUGGGCUUCAAUAUCAAGAACAUGUCUGUCAAAGAUGUUCACUGUGGCAAUGCAGCUGGUGACAGCAAAAAUGACCCACCAAUGGAAGCUGCUGGCUUCACAGCUCAGGCGAUUAUCCUGAACCAUCCAGGCCAAAUCAGUGCUGGAUGUGCACCUGUGCUGGACUGUUGUCACACAGCUCACACUGCUUGCAGAUUUGCUGAGCUCAGGGAGAUGAUUGAUCGUUGUUCUGGGAAAAGGCUGGAAGAUGGCCCAAAGUUUUUGAAAUCUGGUGAUGCUGCCAUCAUCAAUAUGGUACCUGGCAAGCCCAUGUGUGAUAAGAGCUUCUCUGACUAUCCUCCUCUGGGUCACUUUGCUGUUCGUGACAUGAGACAGACAGUUGCUGUUGGGGUCAUCAAAGCAGUGGACGAGAAGGCAGCUGGAGCUGGCAAAGUCACCAAGUCUGCCCAGAAAGACUUGCCCAAUGAGACAAGAAUGAGACCCAAGAGCUGUCCCACUGCUGCCCACUGCACAGGGACAUGA